UGGCAGUAGUUCAUGUGCGACUGUCAGAAACCUUUCCAUCCGCGCCGAGCGCAAAGAUUACUAGACAUCUGAAGCAGACCGUGAUUCUGGAGGGACUCGCGCUGCAGCUUCUCCAGAGACUCAAUCUAGAGUUCAUCUAAAACCUUCGCUGGAGUUUGGGGAGGAUCUUUACAAAAUGCCACGUUCAUUUCUUGUCAAGAAAUAUUUCUCCAACAAGAAGCCAAACUACAGUGAACUGGAGAGUCAGACUGACCAGCGCUAUGCUGUCUUCCCACAAUGCUUCCCUCUGGAUGACUUCCCCACCAGAGAAGGCGAUUCUGUGGUGCCCAACUAUCCCUCCAUGCUCGUGUGGACCGCCAGUGCCUUACCCCUUUCCUUCACAGCGGAGUCACCCAGCAUCCCCUCUCCUCCUGGGCCUCUGGACCUGAGCUCUCAGUCCAGCUCCAGCAGCAGCGGAGAGGAGGACGACUGCCGUACAUCUGAUCCCCCCAGCCCAGACCCCACGGACCGCUUCCAGUGCGCCCACUGCGGCAAGACCUGCAGCAGCCCGGCCGCGCUUUCUCGCCAUCAGCUCACGCACUGCACCGCCAGCCCGCAGACUGUCAUUACCGCUGCAGGAGCCGCCAGCACAAGCACCAGAGCCGCCUUCCACUGCAAGCACUGUCCCAAAGAGUACAACAGUCUGGGUGCGCUCAAGAUGCACAUCCGCUCGCACACGCUCCCCUGUGUGUGCACCACGUGUGGAAAGGCCUUCUCCAGACCCUGGUUACUGCGAGGACACAUCCGUACACAUACCGGUGAACGUCCUUUCUCAUGCCCCCACUGUAACCGUGCUUUUGCGGACCGCUCGAACCUGCGCGCUCACCUGCAGACCCACUCCGAAGUGAAGAAGUAUCAGUGUGGAACGUGCUCUCGUACCUUCAGCCGCAUGUCCCUCCUGCACAAACACACCCUCUCCGGCUGCUGUCUGUCUGCCUAGAGGACAAGACAGAUGCUUGCCAUCUCUCGGCAUUGAGCUGGGACGGGUUUAAGCCAUAAGUGAAUGUUUGGACUCAUAGAGAAUGUACUGAUGCCGUUUUUGAAGCACAAAGUGCCUUAUCUUUGCUUCCACAAGCCAAAGGAGAGAUGCUAUUUUUCUUCCAGUGUUAGUCUUACACACGUUCACACACACCUUGUCUACAGUAACGGCCUGUUAAAUGUAGACUGCAGAUUUUUGUCGUGGGAAGGGGGCCCACAGACUGG